AUGCCGAGUCCAGCAACAAUCCUCCGGCUCUCCUCGCCCAAUCCAGACCUCAUUAUCACAACCCAGAAAUCUGAGACUCUCAUACGCCGGCCCAGCCGCUCCUCAACGUCCUCUAGUCGGCCCACAAAGUUCUCUUACUGGACUAGUUGGAGCAACAUCAAUGAACUAGGCGACUACAUCAACCCCAGACGACUGGGCAACGAUUCCUCAAAGCCUUCUGAUUUAACAGCGGAGAGUCUCGAUGCACAUAAUAAGUUGCAUGGCAUACUUUCUCACAGGGCUACUAUCAGCAAUUACAUUUUUAGUCAUGUGGAUGAAAAGACCCACAAGUGCAGUCCUUAUUACAAAGGACUCAUCGAUUUAACCCUCUCCAUCAAUCGCGAAAAAAAUAUGCCUGGAGCAGAGAGUCCUGGACGUGUUAGCCACACAACUACGGUCUUCACUACCACUUCCAGCUCUCUUUCCUCUUUCUUCGUUAAAGUGCAAGAAUUUAGUUCUAGCUGCUUCAACUGUAGAAAAACUGGUGACCGAGACCCCUCUCCUGCUGCUGCUCCUCCAACCCCUGUUAAAACAACUUUUCCGAAGGAGAUGAAGUCAGAGAAGAAGGAAGCCACCGAUCCUCCUGAUCCUCAAUUAGUUGAUACGGUGAAGCCAUUGAGGGAGAGAGUAUCAGAACCAUCCACACCACCGACGCCAACAAUCUUGCCAACCAAAACUGUUCUUAGUAAUGAUGAGAAGAAAGAAGCCGAUUCUCACAAGGGGAACCAAAAGUUCAUAUGGGCAGACAAGUGCCGACCCAAAGCUUUAAAAGAUUUCAUCUGCAACAAAAGUGAGGCCACUCGAUUGCAGGCUCUGGUGAAACACGAUCUAUGCGAUCAUGUUAUAUUUGAAGGACCCCCUGGCGUUGGGAAGAGAACCAUGAUCUGGGCUAUGCUUCGAGAAGCUUUUGGACCUGACAGACUCCAGACUAGGGACGAGUGCAAGGCGUUUGACUUGAAGGGGGAAUCAAUAGGAAGAAUCGAAGUAAAUGUGAAGGAAUCUUCCAAGCAUGUAGAGGUCAAUCUCUCGGAUGUAAGAGGGUAUGAGAAGCAUGUCAUUGUGGAACUAAUGAAGGAAACACAAACCAAGACCUCUAAAUCUAAUAAGGCUUUGUCAUCCUACUCUGAUAACUGCAGAGCAAUUAUUCUAUGCGAAGCAGAUAAGCUAAGCACAGAUGCCCUGCUGUACAUUAAAUGGCUGUUAGAAAGGUAUAAAGGGAACAAUAAGGUUUUCUUCUGCUGCUCUGAUGUCUCAAGGCUUCAGCCAAUUAGGCCAAUUUGCACGCUCAUUCAGCUACUUCCGCCUUCAAAAGAAGAGAUUGUUGAAGUUCUGGAAUUUAUAGCUAAGCAAGAAGACAUAUAUCUGCCAACUAAAUUGGCGGAAAAGAUGGCCGACAGCUCCAAGAAUAAUCUCCGUCAAGCCAUUCGUUCAUUCGAAGCCUGCUGGCACUCAAGGUAUCCUUUUAAGGAAGACCAAGUAAUUUUAACUGGAUGGGAAGAGGACAUUGCAAACAUUGCCAAGAACAUAGUCGAGGAACGAAGUCCAAAACAGCUAUACAUAAUCCGCGGAAAGCUUCAAAUUCUCAUAGAGCAUGAUGUAUCUCCUGACUUCAUAUUCAAGUCUCUGGUUGAAGAAGUGAAAAAGCAUCUGCACGAGAACUUGCAUCCUCAAGUUGAUGGUUUAUAUGCUGAAUACAAUAGGGAUGAUGAAAGCAUGAUUGAGAGUGAGGAUGAAAUGAGUAAUAAGGUCAUCGACCCGGCGAGAAAGAACAUGAGGAUUUUCUUGAGAAUCGAAGAGUUCAUAGCCCGAUUCAUGAGCUGGUACAACAACCAAUUAAGGAUGGCAAAUGCAGGCGCCCUGGCGGGUGAAGGGACUUCAUGCGAUUGCUGAUCAGCCCUUUGCUCUGCCAUUAAUCUCUCUCUCUGGUUGAGUAACAUGAUGGAGAGAUAAUAGGCUCCAACAUUUUCCUUGAAAAAUGAAUACAUAUGGAUCGAAGCAACGGGAUAUUGAUUCGACCAUUAUUGCUGUUAAAGUUGUACGAGUUACUAGUCGAAUCUACUCAAAACUUU